UAAAAUGAAUAUAGCAACUGAGGUACAAAAAGUAGGAAAACUACACAACUACGGAAAUGAAAUAGUCUAAACAGGAAUGUCUUUAGGAGUGCAUGAGGUAAUGCGAGACUGUGAUGUUCAUUCCAUCUCAUUGAAAGACAUAGAGGGAGUCAGAUUUUGUCAGAGAAACGGGAAUAAUUAGAAGACGAAAUCUAAAAGAGAGAAGAGGUGCCCCUCUCAGGAGGUGCGCUGAAACAAGAACUGACCACAUGAGAUGCACUCUCUUCCACAGGAUUUUAUCAGGAGGGCGCUCUGUAUUCUGUACGUACCGCGGGCGAUAUUAGCCUGCUUUACUAGAUACUGAAGCGCUCACAAAGCCUUUCCCCGAUUCUCAGAUUCCUCUGAUGUGCCGGUCCCAGCAUCGCACGACGUGUGGUUAGCGUUUGCUAACGAGACCAGUCGUAAAUUAGUAUGCACCCAACAAAUCAGGGCAGUGUCUGCAUUCUGCACAGCUGGGGACACUUUACCUCCGCCAAAUGGCCUCAUGAAGAUGUAUGGAAGUUUUAGGGAUGUAGGAUGCUCCGAAACAUGAUGGGUUUAAACUGAAGCCCCUCUUCAAAGUCGCAUGCAUCCGCAUCAUUGUUGUCGAGGGACAAAUAAAUCAAACGUUCAUUUUUUCCGGUGUUUCUAAACACUAUAAAUUUGACAGUUGCUGAAAUCAACAAAAUGUUGUGACAGGAGCAAAAAUGCUUGUUGAGUGAGGAAAGAGAGUGCAUUGUCGCUAAAUGUUAAGGAAAUAGCGCAGGAAUAAUUGCGAGUUCACGACAACAGAAAUGAUUCAUUGUCCACUUGCUACGACACUAUCCCACCAUGCCCUCGGAAAAGAUGUCAAACUUUGCGUGACGUAGUUAUCCCCUUAAUCUUUAAGAAAGCCUGCCUGGAUUUAAAAAGAGAUAUCCGUAAUCCCAUGCAGCACUUUUGCAGGAACCGUCAGGGAGCAGAGUCGUGUCGUACGUGGGGAAAACGAGUCUCAGAGCCAGAGGAAGUGAAACGAAUAACCCCGUUCAACUGAGCGUGUCUCGAAAAGAUGGGCAACUCGAAGAGCGGCGCUCUGUCCAAGGAGCUCCUGGAAGACCUGAAGCUCAACACUAAAUACAGCGAAGAGGAGCUGUGCGCCUGGUACCAAAGCUUCCUGAAGGAGUGCCCCAGCGGACGCAUCACCAAGGAGCAGUUCGAGGGAAUCUACGCCAGCUUCUUUCCAGACGCUGAUCCCACAGCUUACGCACGGCAUGUCUUUCGGAGCUUCGACACUAACAGCGACGGCACGCUGGACUUCAAGGAGUACAUCGUCGCGCUGCAUCUGACGUCGUCCGGGAAGACGCUGCAGAAGUUGGAGUGGGCGUUCGCUCUCUACGAUGUAGACGGGAACGGCACCAUCAGCAAAAACGAGAUUCAGGAAAUCGUCAGGUCGAUAUUCAACAUGAUAUCCACCGAAGACCAAAAGAUCCUCCCUGAAGACGAGAACACACCUGAAAAGAGGGCGGAUAAAAUCUGGAACUUUUUCGGCAAGCAAGAUAACGACAAAAUCGCCGAAGGAGAGUUUAUUCAAGGAGUCAUGGAAAACAAAGACAUCCUGAGGUUGAUACAGUUCGAUGAACCACAGAAAGUCAAAGACAAGUUAAAGGAGAAAAAGCAUUAGUUCAUGGACGUAUUAGUUUCCCCCUUCCCCCUGGAAAAAAGACUGUUCAAAGCUUCACUGUUUACACACUUGUGCUAUCCAAGCUGCUUGUGGCUACUUUCAAUGUGUAGUUCCCCUCCCACUUCUACACUUAAUUCAUUUACAGAUGUCUCAUCAGGGGCGUUUGGCACACUUUACCUUUAAUACUUUCAUAGCAAUAAGCAUCGUGCUCAAGGGUGCAACACUGCGGCUUCGGAAUUGAACCUGUCAUUUCCUGGCUGCAGUUCCACGUUCCUAACCACUGCUUCCCAUCACUGCCUUGUGGUGGCCAGGUUAAGACCAGGCCAAUUGUGUAAUGAAGCUGAGAGAAAUGCAGAAAGCUCUCCGUAUUGGCCGGAAGUAGUCUUCAGGUACCUGUCCCUUUCCUGCAAUCAAUCCUCUUAAAAUCUCAAGGUUAUUUUCAACAAAUCCUCACAGGGGGCUUGCGGCAGCGUAGGUAAUAUUCUAAGAGGAAUAAUAUUCUAAAUGUCUUUUAAGCUUGGGCUCUUUUAGUUCCCUUCUUGCUGGGAAUGAUGGAUUUUUACUAUGAAACGUAUAAAAUGUAUAAAAUUUAACCUGCACAGUAGACCUGUUAUCUGAUGGUGAAUUUGAUGAAAAACACGGUCUGUGAUUAGCAGAAGAAACAGGUGGUAGUCACUGGAAGGGUGGCUUCGAAGUCUGGUUGCAUUGGGUUCCAUUUUCAGCUAACAUUCUUAACUUUAUGGUCCGGUUCGAUGUGGCACGGAGAGCAGUGUUGGAUGGCACAACUGUCAUGGUGCUAAGAGCAGGUAAAUGAAUCCACUACAUGGCACCCAUGACCUAUGUUUGUCAUUCAUUCACUGGAGAGAAAUAUGCUUUCUUGUUGGUGAAG